AUGUCCAAGAGGCGAAAUCCAGAAGAUGGAACAAGAACUGUGGAACCUUACGGUUCAAAACUCCGAUAUCGAUGCGGAUUGACUGCACCUAUCCAAGGGAAUGUCAUUGCAGCAAACCCUGAGACGUUUGACAGAGUUAAGAGACUGGCCAAGAAACUGUAUGAUCAUGGCAACAAGAAGGGUGCCAAAACAGUAGAAGUGGAAAUUAAGAAAGAAGGAGAGAGAAAGAAAGGGAGAAAAAACAAGCGAAAAGGAAAACAAAACUCAGAAUCAUCUAAGAAACAACAAACGGUGACUGUUCAUGCUGCAACACAAGCUAUCACCACACCACAUGCUCCAACCUCAUCCACGCCAAAUGCUCCAAAGCAGUACUCAGGAAAUCUCUCCAAAUGUAACAAAUGCAGUAUCCACCAUCAUGGGGAAUGCAGAGAGAUGAAUUGCACGAGGUGCAAUCGGAAAGGCCAUACAACAAAAUAUUGUAGGGCUCAGCUUCAACAAAACCAGAUGCCCAAUGACAACAACAACAACAAUAAUAAUAAAAAUAACAACACCACCAAUGUUGGGGCUAGUUAUACCUGUUACGGAUGUGGGAAAACCGGGCAUUUCAUGCGAAACUGUCCCAAUGCAUACAAUCAAGGGGCAGGAGCAGCAGGGAGAGUGCUGACGAUCGGUCAGGGAGAAGCAGUGUAG